AUGUUUUUUUUUUUUCGCCUCGUUCUUCAUUCUGCAUAUUUCUCACGGAAGCUUUUUCAGGAUAGCGCAUCACGUUCGCCUGCCGCAAAUUUGGAACGUAACAAAAUUUGGCGUCAAAUUACGGAAGAAAUCAAUAAGAAGUAUUCCCAUUUGAAUACGUUGACGUACGAACAGUGCAAAAAAUUAUGCAAGUAUUAUAAGCGCAAAGAUCCAACAAAUUAUGGGAUUGCAUUCCACUCGAUGCAUGGUGACCUGAUUCCAAGUGCUUACAAAGAGCAACAGCAACAAGCAGCGGCAGCAGCUGCUGCUGUUGCUAAUUAUGUGCCGCCAAAUGUGCAGAUGGAUGAACCGGUUGACGUGGAUGAAUUACUGGAAGCAAAUGACGUCGUCGAUGGCAUUUGUUGCGAUUCAGGUAACGUUUCUGAUAACUUACCUCAUUCAGCGGCCUCAUCAUCUAGUUCCACGGAUGGUCUGGUGAUUACGGGACAGCAUGCUACCGCUACUGCCAUGGCAGCUGCGGCUGCUAUAACAAAUCAGCAGAAGAAGGAGCGGGGCCAGUUUGUGUGCAAAUUGGCCGAAAACUUCAAUGGUGUUUUUGACAGUCAUUCCAGACUGUACCACAUCAAUGCUGAAAGGAACCAAGUGUGGAAGCAAAUUACGGAUACGGCCAAUGAGAAAUUUGGGGCCGAAUUGGGCGAUCUAACAAUUGAGCAAACAAAGAAACUGUACGCGAACUAUAGGCGAAAGUCGCAGGCGCCUUCAUUUGGAAGUGCCACAAGCACUGGCGAGAUGCUGCGAUCCGAAACAAAUAGCAUCAAUGGAUCUGCUGCCUUAGUUCUGGAUGCAGCGUCUACCAGUCCCGAUUUACUGAAUCGUCUAGUGGCGCAAGCAAAUGGCGGAAAUGGUUCGUCCAGUGUUGGCCAUACUCGAACCGUUUCACCACAUCUACCACGUCUUACAUCCAGGGACCGUAAAACACACGGUGAAACUACCAAAAAUGGAUUUGCGAAUCACGUAGUCACUGGUCAGCGUUUGCCGGCAAAUCCUAGCCUGUCGACAGUCGAACUGCUGGCUAUUAUUGCUGAUCGCGAUGCUGAAAUUAAGCAACUCAAAAAUAUUGUUCUGCAGAAAUCAGUGGAACAUCAAUUGCAAAUUUCGCGCAUUUUGGAGAAAGUUGCAGAGCUUGUCAAAACUGCGGUGAAUGCCAACGUUCAACGUGAAAUAAUGUCAGCGAUGACUGGAAUGGGUGUGUUCGGUUACAAUAAUAAUAAUGGCUACUGCAACAGAGACUACGAGAAUGAUGGUAAUGUGCAGUAG